AAAAUAAUUGUUUGAUCCGCCUGUUGCCCCAAAAUUUUCUUCAAAUUAUGGAUUCUGAUGUGGCUGAUCACAUGACCCGACUGAAGCUCAAACUCCUUGAGAAGAAACUAGAAAAUGAACGUGAAAAUUUGAAUGAUAAUGAAUCUCCUUUCUCUGUAGCAAGGAAUUACGACAGCCAUGGCUAUGCAUUACAAAGUGCAUUGAGACGAAGAAAAGAUCUUCUGCAGCAACUCAGGGAGCAAAAUCUUUUGGAAGAAUUUUCUCUACCACAUGAAUCAUUAAAAAUCCCAAGAAAGCUCUUCAGGCCAGAACAUGUCUACCAAAGUGCUCUUCCUACUCCUCUACCUGAACAACCAAGACUUAUCCAGCAGACAUUGCCUCAGCAACCAGCAACUAUUAUUCAACAAAUACCUCAGCAUCCACCGCUCAUUACCCAGAUUCCGUCUCCACAGCCUUUCCCACCUCCCCGCUCUGGGAGUAUUAAAGAAGAUAUGGUGGAGAUGAUGUUAAUGCAAAAUGCACAGAUGCACCAGAUCAUUAUGCAGAACAUGAUGUUGAAAUCUCUACCACCACCUGUUUAUUCUUCGGCUAGUGGGCAUGGAAUCCCUAUGCCUCACCAUGGACAAGAGUUUCCCACUCCUGUUCUGGUAAGAGCAGAGAAGUUGCGACCAUCAACAGUACAUCAUCAUCACUAUACAUCUCCAGGGCUACCAGGCAUUCCAUCUCAGGUUGGCUUUUCCAUGUGGCCUUCAGUGAUGCCGCCUCUUCGUGGCACACAACUGGGAGGGUACCCAUCAGAUCUACAUAAUCUGCCCAUUCCAACUACUGCAACACACAUGUGACCAUCGAAGGGACGCUAAUCACAGACUUGAAUGAUCACAGAAGCUUCUUCAUCUGAUAUUUCAUUUCACAGGAAUGUCUGACCUCGACACCCUGCCAGAUAGAUGAGAGGA